GCAGGCGGCAGCGGUUCAGGCACACAUGUCUCUGCAGAGCAACAACACCAGCGAGCUCUUCCUCCAUUCAAGCUGACGGAGAAACACCAAGACAGAGGAGCUGUCCACCUUUGGACACGGGCUUCUGUGUUUGGGGAGUUUAUUCUUGAUGUGCCUCUGGGAGAAGCAACAGCAUGGCAGAUGACAAGGACGUGUUGCGAGACGUUUGGUUCGGCCGCAUCCCCACCUGCUUCACACUGAACCCGGAUGAGGGGACCGACAGAGAGGCAGAGCCCUACUAUCUGCUGCUACCCAGGGUGAGCUACCUGCCUCUGGUCACAGACAAGGUGAAAAAACAUUUUCUCAAAGUGAUGAGGCCGGAGGACGUGGAGGAGAUGUGGUUUGAGUAUGAAGGAACACCCCUCAAAUGGCACUGUCCAAUUGGAGCUUUGUUUGACCUGCACGCCUCUAACACAGUCUUACCCUGGAGCAUCACUGUGCACUUUAAGAAAUUCCCAGAUGGUGACCUACUCCACUGCCCGUCCAACUCUGUGAUAGAAGCUCACUUUAUGUCCAGCAUCAAGGAGGCUGACGCCCUGAAGCACAAGAGUCAAGUUGUUAACGACAUGCAGAAAAAAGACCAUAAACAGCUGUGGAUGGGCCUGCAGAAUGAUAAGUUUGACCAGUUCUGGGCCAUGAACAGGAAGCUGAUGGAGUAUCCAACAGAGGAGGGCGGCUUCAGAUACAUCCCCUUCAGGAUAUACCAGACGCGGAGUGACAGGCCGUUCAUCCAGAAACUAUUUCGACCUGUUUCAGCUGAAGGAAAUACACACACUCUCUGUGACUUACUAAAGGAGAUGUACCCGGAUGCUCUAACGAAUGAGGGUGAGCAGAAGCGUUACCAGGUGGUGAUCCACGGCAUCGAGCCUCUGCUGGAGACUCCUCUGCAGUGGCUCAGCGAGCACCUCAGUCACCCCGACAACUUCCUGCACAUCUGCAUCAUCCCCGUCCCCACGGAUUGAGGCUCCACUUCAGCGCAUCAGUGUCACCAUGACAACGCACCGGCCAAUCAGCCGACUCCCUGGCCAGCUCAGUCAGAUCCAGUCACAGGUUGGGCCCCACGGUGGAGACCAACAGGAAGAAUAUCAGAAUCUUGAUGACGGUGAACAAAGAACUUGAAGGAGGUACUUUAAGAACCUCCUUUUACCAUUGUUUUGUUCACUUGUACUUCUAUCCUGCCACUACCACUACUACUACUACUACUAUUACUACUCUCUUCCCCUCAGAAAACAUGUUAAAGGAUGAAAAUAACUUUUUGGCCUUCUUUCUCUUGAGCAAGGAGAGACGUUACUUUGAGCACGCAGAUGGCAGAAUGAGAGGAGAAUCUGCUUCUUUUUUUUUCUUUUUCUAUGUCACAUAUUCUCCGCCUCCCCCUGUACUCCUCUCUGAAUAAAAAGACUCCAUUGGGAGGAACGGAGGUGAAUGUAGGCUGUUUUUUUUUUCUUAUUUCCCCCCCAUCCUGCUGUCAAUUUCCCUCCUGAUCUAAUGAAAGACUCUCCCGGGGACGGGGCUGUGUUUGGACGUGGGAUAUCAAGUCUUGCUGAAAUUGCCUUAGUUACUGCAGUUGUACGUUCUUGCUUUACAUGCUGUCACAGAGUUUACAUCGCAACCUGAAACAUUGUUCAUCGACUCCAAAAAUCUUAGAUUUAAAUGUAAUCAAAUUCAAAAAUGCUUUAUUAAUCCCUGAAGGGAAAUUAAUUAAUAAUUUGUUAAUUAUAUUGUUUGAUUUGAAAACUAACGAAUGAUGUUGAGUUAUAUAACAAGCACACACAAUGUCCAAAUUGUUGUACUAUAUGCGACUGUUCUUGAUUAGCAUUUAUUUUGUUUAACUUAAAUAUAUUGUAUUUCAAUAUGA